AUGGACGACGUGGAAGGAAGCCUCACUCAUGCGAGGAGAGGGCAGGUGUGGUCUCUGCAAAGCCUGGGGACGCACUUUGGGAUAGGCGAUGAUGUGGAGUGGGUUCUCUUGUUUUACGGAAUCCAUAUGAUAUGUGACAGGUAUGGUAUGCACCUGUUAGAUGCAUUUAGACGCCUCAAGGGGCACGCUCCUUUUUUUUGUUUGUUACUGUUGUAGUUAAUGGUCACGUUACUGGAAUGUCUGUUUCAUAGGAUUUAGUGGAUUUGUUCUAUAUUCAAAUUAAGAUGGGGUUAACUUUAAUAUAGACAGAGUAUUAUUAUAUAAUAAUUUGAUAUGAAUGGUGCUCUGCACUGCAAGAGAGCACCACCUCCUAACCUCAACUAUUGAUUUUCUUGAAUAUAAAGUACAUAGAGUGGAAGGGGUUGGGCAUUGGAUGGUGAUAAUUGACCAACAAACCAACCAUUCUACAUCAUCCUUCUCAGAGAGACUCAGAAAGGAUUCUCAGUAAGGAAGGGUACUCCUACCCUGCACCACCAGCACCAUUGUAGACAAAUACUGUGAUCGAUAUAGCAUACCUUUUUAAAGCCACCUGCCUGGAACUUGUGGCUCGAGUUGGAGACAUUAAGUCAUUCACUGAAACAGCUGGAGGCAUAAGUGACAUAAAAAAGGCUAUUCUUCUUACUGAGAAUCUGCCUGGAGUAAAAUAUACCAGAGGAGAUGACCAAACCAGCUAGGGUCAAGAUUAAUGUCUCUUUGUGGAACGCCUUAGUUGAGCAGUGAGAGAGAGCAGCAGAGGGAGAGAGAGAGAGAGCGGGAGAGGGAGAGCGGGAGAGGGAGAGAGCGUUCAGAGGAGAAUAGCAAGCGUUGUCGCUGCUUUGUCUCGGGCUCCUUGAAUGAGCACAAAGGAUCGAUCGGUGGAGAGGUGACGGGCCGAGACAAUGGAUCUCUAUGAGAUCAGCAGGUCGGAACGGCGGCGCUUCCACACACAAUGGAGGUGCGGCAAGACAGAGUGAAGGGUGGCGCUCCAUCAAAGAUGUCACUGGAGACAAAGCGAACUCACUCUCUGGACUCUGAGUUGUUAUUACUUGCUUUAUCCUGACUAAACCUACUGAAAAACUGUUUGCUAACUGCUAUCUAGAUUAAUGACAGAUUGUAAAUACAGGUGGUGUGUCUGAAGUAAUUUCCAACCAGAACUAUUGAUUUAGAGACCCAGAGUAACUAAGAACCCAGCCUGUAGCUUUAGUCCAGUCUCCUGUGACAUCUGCCACACUACUAGGCCCAUGUGAACUGAGAGGCAAACAGUGUCAUGAAUUGCUUUUGUUUGGGAGGUCACUGGCUUUUCUCCGUCCGCCUACCGCAACACAGAUACAAAACAGCCACACACUGGCCAAGUAUCUGAGCAACAUAAGUCAAGUAACAAACAAACAGUUGUCUUCGUGUUUUUCCACCAAAACAUUUCUCUUUGGCAGUUGGUAAGUGAUUCUAUAAAUGUGAGGCAUGCAUCUUUCUCUCUCUUUUUCCUGGAAGAAAUUAGUUUAAUAAUAUCAUUUCCUAAAGUAAAUGUGCCUACAUAUUUUCUGUGGCAUGAUAACACACGCAAGUCUUGAUGGAGAAAACACACUUUCUAUAAACUGGACAGGAUGCUAGCUGGUCUUUUCACUGGUCUGUUCCAAACUGCUCUUAGCUCAGAGUAUAAACGGGUCAGAUAUUUCAUUCAGCGAAAAGGCAAAACCACUAUUGUUGGUGGUCUGGCGGGACUAAAGAGGGGAGGGUGUGUGAGAGUGAGCGCGAGGUUAAGACGUUGAAUGAAAUCAUAUUAUAUCCAACAUAUACCUAGACCACACAACGUGUUUUCACAUCUCACUUUUCAGCCUUUUCUUUCUCUCCGUCUCUCUUUCUUUCUUUUUUUUUUUGAUCAGAGAGGGCAUUACCCUGUCUGAACUCCCCCUAAAUCCUUGUGGUCACACCUUUUAUUAAAGAGGGUUUUGUCCCACGCCCUCCACCCCCCUCUGCUGCUCUUGGUAUUCAGCCCAGGUCAGCAGAUUUCAGCCCACCCCACCGUGGCUCCCCUUUUUAAUUUGCACCUGUUGCGCAGUUGUCCGGGAGGCAAGUGCCGAACCAUACAGUCAGACAAAGAUCAUAUUAUGAACAGAUAUGCAAAGCCUAAUCUCGAUGUACCCAAAGGGGAAGAGUGAAAAAAAGAGACAAGUAUUUUGAAUUCUCUUCCUUGGGAACGUGUGAGGGAAUGGUAUGCCGUUAGGAUGUAAAGGUUUAUGGGUUUGAAAAACUGUCGAGGGGAACCAAAUAAUAUGCCCAAACAAGCAAUUGACUUCAAAACGCAUCAUUUUUAGCCACUUCCCUCUCGCUUUCUGGAGUUGGCAGCGGCCUCCAGAGAUAACGCGCAUGAGAGCUUGGUGAAAUAUUGCUUUAUUAGGCAGAACACAGAACUCAAAAUGAACCUGAAAAUUGUGCUCUAUUUUCCAACCCCAAGGGCCCCCUUUCCUGCGCCUAGUUCCCAUGAUGUCAUGGCUUUUGCAUUUUUUGUGUGUUAUUUUUCCCCCCCUCCCUUUUUCUCUUUUGGGCCUAUGCCUGCCUUUCUCAUGCACCUUAAUCUGAUUUUUUCCGGCAACACCAAAGUGGACAUAUUUAUAGAUUGGAAUGAAGGCCCCUGGGUUCAGGCUGAAUCAAAUCAACCACAUUUUAUCAAAGUUCAGGGAUGUAAUAUUUACAAGCUGUCCAUUUCCACUUGGUCCCUACGGUGUCUGGGAUGUAUAAAAAGCUCCCCAAACUAUUCAACGCAGGAAUGUGACUUUCAGUUUUUGCCUCCACUACUUUAGUCUCUACCACUAGAGCCGAGUUAGUCGGAUGUUGUUUUAGAAACCUAACAGCGUCUCUUUGUUUGUGUUUUGCAGUGCUGAACUAUGAGAAUGUGGUGGAGACGGGCUCCGAGACAGAUGAGGAUGACAGGACUCUGGUCUCAGAGGAGAACGGUCUAACCAAUGGGGAGGAGGGUAGCAGCCCCGUUGGGGCUGGCGUGCCCAACCUGGAGGCGUCACCCAGGGUGGGCCACGCCCUGCUGUCCUACAGGGCUGGAGCAGAGGAGGGGUCAGAGGGCAGGGACGGGCGGCAGAUCCACAACCACGCCUGGCGCCUGGCAGACAACCCACACGGACACGGACAUGGACACGGACACCUCAACGGGACUGGUGAGUGAUCCGCUCAACAUACCUGUACAACCUAAAUCAGUGAACAGGCAACACACCUCACUGUUGUAAAUCAAUUACACAGCACAACAACAUUAGCUCAACACCUCCAGAACGACAGACCCUAAAAUAAUAUCACUGAUGUUAUUCAAUUACACAUCUUAUAAUAAUACAGUACCUAUUCACCUUUUCAGUUUCUGCUAAAAUAGCUUGAGCCUGAGAAGUGGCUUUGUUCUAUACUCUGUCUAUUUUCCUAUUUUCAGAGCUCUAUUUUCCUAUUUACAGGAGGUUGUAGAGUUUAACUUAGUGCUUUAGUCUAGUGGGACAUGUUGCUGCUGAAACACAGUCAGCACUUUAGCUGCUUCACAGGCUCACGUCGGCAAAACCAUCUCCCUCCCUUCCUCCCAACCACCCUCCCUCUCACACAUACUCAUCGCUCUACGACUGUUCACACCCUGUAGCACGUCUGUCCUCUCAAUGUUCUCCCUCCCCUCUUUCCUCUCCUUCUCUCUUUCUCUUGGCUCUGUAAAAGCAUGGAAACGGUCUCCUCAUUGUUUUCACAUACUUUCAUAGGAAUAAAGUCAACUCCGAAAAGGUCAAUGUACUCAAGGUCUCGCCAGAGCAGAAUAUGUCACAAUAUUUCAGUUUAACAUAUGAAGUGCCACCUUUCAUUCUCAUUGACCCAUAAUUCUAACCCCGUAUAUAUUUAUGAAAACAACCUGAUAUGAAAUUCUUUAUAAUUAGACAGUUUAGUGGGCCGUGAUCAACGCAACCUCUAACUCCCCCAUAUUGCUAUAUUGUACAGGCAGAGCUAUCAAUGAUGAGCAUGUAGCGCAAGCGAAACCUGUCAACCCCCCCCCCCCUUCUCUCUCUUCCUCCCUCUCUCCCUAUCUCUUCCCCCCCCCCCUCUCUCUUUAUAUUUCUCCAUCUACUCCUCCCCCCUCCAACUCAUCUGCAUCAGUGACAGGACAACCGGUGUCGCCAGGACCUCAAAGACAAAUACUUUUAAUUAGGAGCCAAACGGGAUCGUUAAGAGGGAGCCAGGCUUUUGCAGGACUCAUUAACAGCCCUAAAUUAAAUUUGGAGCUUUAUGAUGGCAAUUUACAUGCAUAAUAGGCCCACCAUUCUAGGGCCACCUGACAGAUACAGAGUGAACUCAUGUAAGACGCCCAGUUUUAAAAAACGGACCGGCGUCGGCUAUCCGUCUCUGGUAAUGACUUGGUGGCGCGCUGCCCUGCUGAACAGGGAAAUAGAAAGGACUAGGAAUAAGUUUUUGAUUUUGAACGCGCUCCAAAACUGAAAAUCAAAAGAGCCUUGAUGUGGAGAGCAUAGAUGUUAUCAUUAUCAUGACCAUCAUGAGAAAGCUGUAAAUGAAAUCAAUGUCAGAUUAGCACAUCUGCUACAGCCUGUUAUAGCUAAUGCUAAACUGGUGGAUGAUUUUAAUUGAACUGGUAUUUGACAUUUAUAGGUAAACUGAUGAAAGAUAGACAACCCACAUAUUUUUCAUUUCAAUUUCACUCAGGCAAUAGAUGUAAAAGACUUGAGUGUCACUUCAAGGUACUGAAAAGAAGAAGCAGUCUUGAACUGUGGAGGUUUGAGUCACAUCGAGAAUGCACAGGGUCGAAACAGAAUGACCACAAACAGAACUGAAAUGCUAAUUUACUUUAACCGCCAUCUUGCCUCUGCCUCUCUAGGAAAAAAAGACUACUGAAAACACAAUGAGCCUCCAUUUUAUAUUUGAGAUUUCAUAUUCAGUGCAAGUGUACUGUAAGUGUAGUGAAGGAGGGGCCUACUGAAAAUAGAAUGACACUUGAGUACAGUGUCAAAAUUCUACGACAGUGGCACAGGGCGUGACUCACAUGCCUUUGUCCUUACUCUGAGGCCUAGAACCCACAAAAAGCCCCAUGUUGGCUGAAUGAAACUCAUUCUAAAAAGUCUGGCAAUGAUUCUCCUCCCAAUGAACCUCAAGUUGAGGCGAAGGGAAGCAACAAUGCUUUCCCCAUCAGAAAAGGCACGCAUUUUUGCAGUUGUUUUCUGAAGCGUGCAGUACCACCAUUUUAUCUGUGUGGUGCAGGGGGAAACUAAGUGGUAGGGAGAAGGGUGAGACCUCGCUUCUUAAUUACAUUUAGUCUUGGAACUAUGAGAAAGAAAAUAGUUUUCAUCCACAUUAUUUAUGAAUUAAUGAAGGAAAACUAGCAGAUUAUUUCCAUACAAUCUACCUUCAACGUUCCUUUUACGCUUUUGGGCCACAAAAUGUAUCAUUCGACUAUAAAAAGUAAUUACAUUUUGACAUGUUCUCAAUAGGUUGUGUACAGUACCUUAUGACUCCUUUGACUCAUAGCAAGACUAUUUUGGUAUAAAAAGCACAGCAUUAGGUUCCUGUUUGACACUCAUUGCUCAGGAGGAAGGAUGUUUUGAAAAGUAACCUGCUGCAAUGAAAAGAGGGGAGAGGGGGAGAAAAGGAGUGUUCUCUUGUUUUCUUCCCCCACCUCUGUUGCAGCAGGCAGGGGUGUUGUAUAUCCCUCCUUUGAAGGGAAAGCUUAUGAUACUUGUGACUCCUGUCGAGGAGGGGGAAGGAGUCACAUGACUGGGGCCAGGAGAAACAAACACAAUAGGCACAGUAUAUGUACACCCCUCGCCUGCCUAUCCCUCAUUAUCUGGAAAAUACAUUCACAUUAUGAGCUGUGGCAGAAUGGAAAGAGGUACUUGUUAACUGAAUUGUCAGGGUAGUAUGCACCAUGCACAUUCCAGUUGACUUUGCCUCGAGUGUUGAACCAUGGUCAUAUUUGAGUUUAUUGAGAGCUGUGUUAGCCACAGUUGAUGGUCCGAUUUUAAACGCUUCUCUCCAUUCCUUCACAGAUGAAAGGAAGGAUGAAUAUGAAUCCUUGGAGCCAGAGGGGUCUCUUCACGCUGUAAAUGGUACAGGUGAGUUCCACUCCCACCCUCUUAACUGUAACACCAUAUUUACUAUAACUCCCCAUUCCAGCGUUAAAUCCUCAAUAGCAACACACUAGGAAGAGACUUGAUUAUAAUAUCCCCUUGCAGCAGGUGAUAUAUACCUAAUAGGAAAUACACACAGUCAACAGCCAUGCAAGAUAAUAUCCUUCCUUGUGCAGUAAAGCAAGAGGGAAAGCAAAGCAGUUGUAGGUUGAGUGAGAGUGCAGCGCAAAUCACAUCUUGCUGCAAAAUUGAGUUUUGACCUAAAUCUCAUUUGUUUGGUUCAUGUACUUUCAAAUUGGUUUACAACAAGACAAUAAAAUGCUAGUUUGUCCUUGCAGUGAGUCACAAUGUCUUUCCAAUUGAGUGUUUUAUCAACAAAACCUUGCCUAGAGUGACUACAAUGGAACCAGGCCUCUUGGGGACAGUUUGAUGUCCUUUGUUUUAAGGAUAUUGUUAACAGUUCAUGAAAAAAUAUACACCGAAUCUGUGUCACAGCUGCGUACAACACACAAGCCAAUAGCAAACAGUAAUGAUCCAAAGACAUAAAGGUAGCCACGUUAACUGCCCUGAUUUGUUAAAUCAACUGAUGAAUGCAUUAGAUACCUGAUAUACCAUUAUGCCUACACUGACUGUUAAGCAGAUGUAACCCUACAUUAUCUUACUUAUAAUCAAAUCUCUGCUUUAAAUUAUGUAGAGAGAGAAUUCUAAGUGAGAUCUGUAAACCCAGCAAAUCUAAUUGCAACUUAAACCAAUUACCCGUUAUACUAGGACAGAUUUAAGUUAAAAUGUUUAAAAGCUUUUUUCCACCAUUUAAGAUGGGUUGUGAACAUCACUUAAUGAUGAAAUUGUCUCUGAUUUUUCUUUGUAGAAGCCAUUACAUGACAUCAUUAACGGUAACUUAAAUGUAUACUCCCCUCUAAGUAGUGGCUUAGUGCUUUCUUCCCUCAGUUCAUCACAUUUAGAGACCAGUCUGUUUCCUGUGUGGCCAAUAUACUGUAGCUUUGCAGCACAUCUCUCAAGAUGGGGGAAAGAGGAAUGAGACUGACAAAUCUUUUUAUUUGUCUCCCUCUCUCUUCUUCUCUACCUGCCCCUCUCCUCCUCCUCCUCCUCUUAUACAGUCAAGUGUAUGGAUGGGGUGUCGGAGCUUGACGACUACUUCACUAAGCGUAAUAAACUGGAGGAGAGUGACAGCCACUCGGCCAGCAUCGCUGAGUACCUGCAGCGUGGAGACACCGCCAUCAUUUACCCAGAAGCCCCAGAGGAAGUGACACGACUCGGAACUCCCGAGGCCAUUGGGCAAGACGAAAACGAAAACGGUAAGAAUCCAGAAAAUACAGUAAAUCUCUGACUAUUUGCAGUCUCAGGAACUGCGUUAUAGGUCUACCACUUUUAUGACUUUGUCCCCAAUAGUGCUACUGAGUGACUUUUAUGGGUAGUGUGUGUUUAAGUGCAAGCUGUAGGCGACUCCACUUGAGGCUUUGUGAAGCAGAGAUAAUUAUGUUGCUUGCUACACUUCCUCCGUUUACAAUCUUGGCAUGCUGCCCAUCAGUGUCUAUUAGCUGACCUUAUGAGCCCUCCUCCUCCUCUUCCUCCUUCUUUCCCCUGUACAGACCUGCCACCUGGGACUCCAGAUGCUUUCGCCCAACUGUUGACCUGCCCUUACUGCGACCGGGGCUACAAGCGGCUGACAUCGCUCAAGGAGCACAUCAAGUACCGCCAUGAGAAGAACGAGGAGAGCGUGGCCUGCCCCCUGUGCAGCGAGACCUUCUCCCACCGCACACAGCUGGAGAGGCAUAUGGCCACGCACAAGCCAGGGAGAGAUCAGGUAAGACUGACAGACAGACAGACAGACAGACAGACAGGGGAUGAUAUUUUUCUCUUUUUCUUCUCCUCCUCUUUAUCCCCUCUUUUCUUUCCUCAUCUGAUCUCCUUCACACAUUCGGUUGUGUCGUUUGGUGGGUCGGUCAGUGCUCUAUGUGAAACACAGUAUCAUUUUAGCUCAAUGCCCUUCACUCUUUUUUUCCCCAUCUAAGAUUUUUGUUAAUUACAAGGGCUUUAAUAGCUUCCUCAUGGUUACUGCAUGCAUUUGUCUUCUGCAUUGAGAAUCAUAUUCUCUUGAGUGAAUGAUUAUUCCAAUUUCCUAUUCCUAUCGUCCUCUACUCCUCUCACAUUACAACAAGUUACUUUUGAGCUUUUGUUCUUUUAAAAAAUCAGACCCCGCACUGCUUGUUCGCAGCUGCAUUUUGUUGUGCUCCCCCAAGCUUCCGCCUACAGUGAGGCAUGCGUGGGAUGUGCUAGCAUAUUGCCUUCCUCAGGCCAUCUGACUUUUUGCAUCAGCUGUUGCUGGAACUGGAACAGAUUUGAUUAGAAAUUAGCACUCAUAAAGAUAGUGCUAGAGAUAUGGACAAUUUCCUAUGGUUUAAUAAGCAGUAAUAAGCAGUGCUUUCGUUGAGUGUAGUGUCUAAAAUGUACCUAUUUUGUAGGUACAACCAGGGAAUCAGUACAAGUACAACCACUUAUAACCAGCCAUUGUAAACAUAAAAACCAAAAGUAUAGACCUUUUUUCUGUCCUAAAACUGUCUCAUAACGGACCAUGUAAAUAAGCAGUGGAAUCAUUCAAUUUUCCAAUUAUACUGUGAUUAUAAUGAAAUUUCCUGAAUUAAGCAUGUCAGAUUCAAACCUCAAUAAGAUUUCCUGAAUUAAGCAUGUCAGAUUCAAACCUCAAAUUUGCCCUGAGCCCUCCGUGACAGACGCAGUGAAGCAGCACCCCCAUUCUAACCCCUCCACCCCCUCACCUGACUCCCUCUCUCCCCCUCCAGACUGACUUAAAUAGGAGCAGAUGGUCUUUUCCCCAGUGAUCUGGAGUAUCAUAAUCCUCAAAUGACUAAGUUUUUGUUUAUUUUUGUACUUCCUCUCCAGUUAAAAGAGUUAAAUGAAGGAUCUUAUGGAAGGCCAUUAUGAUUACCUUAGUGCACCGGACUGUGGAGGGCUUUUGAUUUGAGUGAUACUGAGUGCUAUUGGUGUAAAUGUGUGAAUUGUGCUACUCUGCUUAUCCUCGGUGUGCCUAGAUCACAUGUUUAUCAUGGGUUAAUUGUUCACACGUUUGGUUAUGAUGGCAGGUUCCACAUCGUUCAUUGGCCCAAUUUUUCAGAUAGCUAGCUUUUUCACAAAGUAGUCCCCUUCAAGCCACAUUCAGUAGGCUAACCCUAAUCACAUGCCCUAACCUGAAAUGUCACCUGCCUUAGGAAUGUCUUAACUCCAUACACAAUCACACACACACUUUCGCACAUACCGGUACAUAGACUCCUUAGCAAGCAUUAUCGAAAAGGGAUUUUUUGGAAUUGAAAAUGUAACAAUGUACACCUCCCACAUCUUUCUCAUUAAGUUCUUUGUGGGGGCUUGAUCUCCCUAGAUGUUGUUUUUGUUUGUUAUCUGCACUCAUUUGAAUUUCAAAUGCAGGAAAUGCACCUACACUAAACAGUUACUUUUGAACAGAACACGAAAACUCAACCCACACUGUAUUCUCAAAAUCGAUUGGAGUUGCUUGCGUGCUUCAUCAUUUUGAUUACACAAUUUAGGAUGUAACCCCCCCCAAACUGUUAGAUAUAGGCUAGUUAACUUUUGUGAGGGAGUGUUAUUGUGUUGCAAAGUAGCUUACCAUUGAAGCCAUGACAAACUCAUUACAUUCCUUCUCAAGGCCAGCUACCUUGAAAUCUUCCCCAGUGUCUGGUUAAUUUGUGACCUCCCACUCUUAGACAACACGUUUAGGUGGCACUGAUGUGAAAACUCCCUUUUCUAUCUCCUCCACAGCCCCAGCUUCUGAAUGAAGGGGCCGGUAACCGCAAGUUCAAAUGCACAGAGUGUGGAAAAGCCUUCAAAUACAAGCAUCAUUUGAAGGAGCAUCUCCGCAUUCACAGCGGUAGGUACUAAGCCGAGUCAAGCUGGCUUUAACCCACCAUUUUUAAAUGUAUUAAUGUGACUGUAGCUAGAUGACUGAGAGGGCUUAAAAUUGAUAAUGUUCCUUUUUGGCCUCUGUCAGUAAAUGAGUCAUUCUGUUUUAUAAUAGCUCACUGUUUCAGACCUGUUUCAUAACUGACUAAUUCAGCCAUAUGGAUGAGGCCAUAGCUCAAGAAAAUGAGAGUUGAAUAGAAAUAGAAAUUCUCAUUUUCACACUGAAAGAAAUCUUUAGCUAUUUCACUACCAGCCAAUUGCAAGUAUUCAAAAUGGAGUAACUUGAAAUACAUGUCCUUGUUUCCCGUUUACAGGUGAGAAACCAUACGAGUGUUCCAACUGCAAGAAGCGCUUCUCCCACUCCGGCUCCUACAGCUCCCACAUCAGCAGCAAGAAGUGCAUCGGUCUGAUCUCUGUCAAUGGACGAGUACGUAACGGAGGAGGUAACGCCAAGGCUGGCUCCUCCCCUAACUCCACAGCCUCCUCCCCGGGAAGCCCCGCCCUGGCCCAGCUCCGCCACAAGCUGGAGAAUGGCCGCCCCAUGGGCCCCCAAGACCAGCAAGGCCACCUGGACAUCAAGGCAGAGCCCAUGGACUUCAACGACUACAGGCUACUGAUGGCCUCCCAGUAUGGCGUUGGAGGCCCAGGGGGCUAUGUGAAUGGAGCCGGCCGAGGAGGCAGCCCCCUGGGGAUCCACAGCUCAUCCCAGAGCCCCCUGCAGCACCUGAGUGGAAUGGGGUUGGACCUGCCCCUGCUGGGCUACGGUUCCCUGGGGAACAACCUGAGCGAGGUGCAGAAGGUCCUCCAGAUCGUGGACAACACGGUGUGCAGGCAGAAGAUGGAUGGGAACCCGGAGGAGAUCUCCAAGCUCAGGGCCUAUAUGAAGGAGCUGGGGGCCCAGAUGGAGGAGCAGAAGCUGGCUUUGUCCUCCCCGCGUGCUGGCUUCCAGGUGGUGGGCCACGGCAGCCCCACCAAAAGCAUCAUCGACUACACUCUGGAGAAGGUGAAUGAGGCCAAGAGCCUGAUCGAUGACUCCAAGAGGCAGAUCAACAUGGACAUCAAGAAGGAGAGGCUAAACCACUCGAUGGAUCCUGAGGACAAGUUGCACCACGAGAGCCACCAGGUUCCAUUCCUGCCGUUCUCCUGCCAGUUCUGCAAGGAGACCUUCCCAGGGCCCAUCCCACUGCACCAGCACGAGCGCUACCUGUGUAAGAAGAACGAGGAGAUCAACCACCUCCAGCCAAGUCAGGGCGUGCCUCCCAGCCGCAGGGGGGUGUUCCCCUCAGAGCAGCAAGCCGCUCUGCAAUCCUCUCUGUCAGAGAGGGGUGCCACCAGCCCCGUCAACCCUUUCAAGGACCACGUGUCAGUGCUCAAGGCCUACUUCGCCAUGAACAUGGAGCCCAACUCAGAGGAGCUGCUGAAGAUCUCCAUCGCAGUCGGCCUCCCACAGGAGUUCGUGAAGGAGUGGUUCUCCCAGUGGAAGAAUCAGCAGCAACAACAACAACACAACAACGGCAAUGCCAACUCCAGGAAGAGGUCACCGCCGCCAGACCGGAGCAGUGCAGAGGAGCGAAACCACCACAGCCUGGCCAGGUCGCCGAUGUCCAUGGCGCAACACGUGGACCGCAUUAUGGCACUCGCGGAUUUACACAGCGUUAACACCAACGGUGACCGUGACGCUCCCCACAGACAUUUAAAGGCCAACCAGUUUACAGCCAACAGGCAGAUGGGUGACAAACCACUAGACACCUUGGACCACCUUAGGAGCAGCACGCCAUCUCCUCUUAAUCUCUCCUCCACUUCUUCUAAAAACUCACAGAGCAACUCGUACACUCCAAACAGCCUGGCCUCUGAAGGGGACGGCCAUGGGGGGGACGCACCAUUGGACCUUUCUCUACCAAAACACAUGAUGAGCAAGAGCAUCUCACUGGGAGAAAAGAGGUCCAAACCAAACGGCUAUGUCUCAGACCGCAAUAGUGACCACCACCAAUCCAACCGGGAGCAGGGGACUGAGCCCAUGGACUUGGCCCACAUCAAGAAGGAGUUCCUGGGCUCAGGGAGAGACAACGGAGGGAACAGCGGCCACCUGAUGGAAAAGAGUGCCAGCCCCAUCUUUGGCAUCAACCCCUUCGGUGGUGGUCACAUGUACACACCUCUGCCCCCACAUGGAGCGUUCCCCCCGCACAGCUUCAUGCAGGCCCAGGCCAGCAUCCCAGGCCUGAGGCCAUACCCAGGGCUGGAUCCAAUGAGCUUCCUGCCCCACAUGGCCUACACUUUUGCAACUGGGGCGGCCACAUUUGCUGAAAUGCAACAGAGGUCGAGGAAGUAUCAACGGAAACCAGGUUUCCAGGUAUGCAAGCCCUUUUGUGGUUUUAGAUCCAUUCACUAAAGUCAAUAUUUAGUAAGACGUUCACAAUAACAAUGUUGCCCUUUUAAAUUAGUGUCUAAUGGAUACAGUUACACUCAACACAAAACAAAUAAAAUGUUUUAGAUUUUACGUUUUUGUAAUGUAAUUGUUUUCUGUAAAAUAGUGUUUUUGUCUGUUUUGUUAAUACUUCCACUCCACACAAAAAAUCCACAACACAGAAUUAAAAAGCCCAUAUGUUCCCCUUUUUAUGUCUCCUCUCCUGGGCAGUAAGAAGGGUCUUACACAGGUUGCACGGAUCGACGGCUAAGCCCUGUCCAGACUUGGGAUCAAACUCAGAGCAGAAGGUGUCUAUGUUUAGGUGACAGGUGUGGAUUACGUACAAAUAAUUGAAAAAUCUGCCUCUCUCAUCUCAUAGGGGGAGCUACUGGACGGCACUGCGGACUAUCUGUCAGGCCUGGAGGACCUGACAGACGAAUCGCUCCUCUCCCGGAAGAAGAUUAAAAAGACAGAAAGUGGUAUGUACGCGUGUGACUUGUGCGACAAAACAUUCCAGAAGACCAGUUCCCUCCUAAGACACAAAUAUGAGCACACAGGUAUAUAACAUUUGGACACUUCUUUUUUACCCCAUCCCCCCUCUUCACCUUUGUGCCCAUCCCCCUCCAUGUUUUGUGUCUUUUGAAAGCUAUCUUUUUUAUUACCUUUUUUUAUUACCUUUUUUUGUUCUUGAUCACAUAGCUUUUUCUCCCAUCUUAGUUCUUAUUUUCUCUCUUCUCUUUCACAUAUUUUUACGUUGUUUGUGUUCAGAUUCAUGACCUAACAUGUUCCUUUCUUUUUGACAGGGGGUGGGGAAUAGUGAGAUGUUUUGAUAUGACAGGGGUUACAUAAACGUUCAGUAAAGUAGACGUAAGCGUCAUUGCAUUUGUCACAGACACCCUAGUAGUUGCAUAGUCUUUCUGACUCCAGACAUUAUCAGAUGGUCUCCAGAAGUAACAGGACCAGUGGCCAUUUUGGAAACAAACUUGCCGCUUCAAGAGGGACUGUCUUUUUAAAGUUCAUACAGUACAUACACAGUGCCUUCAGUGACAGGGACAAGAAUUACUGCAUUGACCCUAGUGGUAUUUAACAGAAUGCCAGGUCGAAUAGAAGGCUUGCCUGUAUGGCAUUUCUGGUUCUUAUUGAAAUUAUCUUCAAAGAUGUGACCUCUCUUCCUGGGGACUCCUCUCUUUCAUCAGGUUGCAUCAUCCCCUGUCACUCUGUGCAGGAACGCUCCAUGAGGAAUUCGCUGUUUCGUCUAUUUUUGCACCACUGUGGGGGUGGUGGGGAGGGCGAGGAUGGGGGGCACUUCAAGAAUGCCAACUAUGGAAGAUGUCGCAGGCAUUCCAAGGCUAUUUGUGGCUAGGAAUCGCCUGUGUGUGUGCGUGCAUUCCAUUGCAUGGCUGUUCGCAUGUGUGUACUGUAUGUGUAUUGGCAUUCGUAAGAUGGGAGGCGUUUGUGCAUGUGUGUGUGAGAUGUGAGCUUUGGAAGAGUGCUAUUAUAUGGGCCGAUUGAACUGGCAUUAGAGAGGCCCAGCUUGUCUAAUAGAAGUCAGAUGGAAGGGAAUAUAUUUCUGGUGGCGCCACUGAGUUGUAGUAAACGUUUAGUGCGAGGAGCUGCAUGGUGCGGGGGCGGGACAGGGAAGGGAAGGGGGGCUAGUGGUGUGAAGUUCCUCCUCCUACAAAUAUAACCGUCACACUAUCACGCGAAGGAUUCCUAAUCUGUACCUAUGAUGUCAUGACAACACACUCUGUCACUGGUGCCAGGCUGCUUCAGUUUCACCUUGCUUGGUGUUCUAAACAUCUGAACUCACUGGCUUAGCUCGCUGCUCACCGGCCCCGCCGCAGUCGCAGACGACCCCAUCAUAGUGUGUUUGGGUUCUUAUUUCCACCUGCCUCCCCCCAGUGUUAUCUAGCAGCAACUGAAAUUAGCUCUAAGGUUAGGUGGUCAACCAUAAAUGUAGGGUUACUUUCAACGCUUUAUUUUGUUUUCAGAAAUGUACUUGUAUUUAUUUGUACAAUCACAACAUUACCCAUUCCUAUCAUUAUUUUCUUGUGUUGUUAAUUAUUUUCACCAUGAUGGGAGGGAAUGAAGAAAUCCUGAUAUAUGAUAUAAAUGCUUUUACACUCAAGAUGCACUUAACAUGAUCAAUACAUUCUGUGCCAAUGUCAGAUCAAAGUUACUCUAAUAUUGCAUGUCUACUGUAUGUCUGUUCUCCUGAAUAACUGUCUAUCUUCCUUUUGUACUGUUCUUUGUUUCUAGAGAAGGCGACCACAGUAACACCGAAGUAACACUUUCUCUCCCCUGUCUCCUGUGUCUCUGCAGGCAAGCGGCCACACCAGUGCAUGAUCUGUAAGAAGGCCUUCAAACAUAAGCACCACCUUAUCGAGCACUCGCGCCUGCACUCGGGCGAAAAGCCAUACCAAUGCGACAAGUGUGGCAAGCGCUUCUCUCACUCAGGCUCCUACUCCCAGCACAUGAACCACCGCUACUCCUACUGCAAGAGGGAGGCCGAGGAAAGGGAGGCGGCUGAGAGGGAGGCCCGGGAUAAGGGCCCCCUGGAGCCCACAGAGUUGCUGAUGAGGAGGGCCUACCUGCAGGGUCUGGGGCCGCUGGGCUACUCGGACCCCGAGGACCAGCCGGAGGAUGGGGGUGGCACCAUCCUGAGGGACGGCACUGAAGGAGGGAUGAGGGGAGGACGAGGAGAGAGGGAAGUGGACGAGACGUAUGAGGAGGUGACAGACAGGCGAGAGGCAGGAAGUUUCAGGGAAGGAGAGGACGAGGAUGACAGCAGGAUGGACACGGAGAGGAAUGACGAGGGGAAAGAUGCAGAGCAUUCAAUGGAUGAGAGUUCAAGAGAAGGGAAAACAGACACCAAGUCGGACCAGGAGGAAGCAGAUUAAGUCAAUACUGCAGUCAUUUGAAAAAAAUCUUUCAGCAAAUAUUUGUGAUGUUGGUUUGUUUCAUUUCCUUUUUCCAUUCUUCCAGCAAACAUGAAACUUGCUUUGUUUUUAGAUAGGCACUGCGGUGGCUCAGAUAUGCAAGCGCGAGCGCUUGCCUCUAGCUUCUCAGAAGCUCAUAAUGAUGGACUCAUGCAAUGUGGUGACAGCCAACAUCAGAGUUGUGACGACAAGCUGGGUGGGAUUGUUUAAGAAUCCACAUUAUGCAACAACAACAAAAAACGAAGUAAUAAUGAUUAUCAUUAUAAUUAAAAAUGAAAUGAAGCUGUUUUUAAUGUACAGUAUUAAAUAAGGCCUGAAAGCUGUGUGGUGCUAUAAUGUUCUUAACCCUUGUGUUUCAUUGUGUUAAUACCCCAAACUAGGAAAUUGCACUCUGCCCCUUUAAUCACUACAAAAACAUUUUUUGAAGAAAAAAAAAAGGCUAUGUAUAUUUAUACCGUGCUUGAAGACUCGGUAGCAGUCCAUCAGUGUUGUACUUUGUCUACCACUUACUGUGAUGUCCUUGGUUCUACCAUCCUUUUUGCCAGGCAAACUAACCACACAAUUUUGGGCCUCACAAAUGUCUUUAUGUGAAGGAAACUUUAAACCUGUGUGAAUUUGAUAUGUUGUGAGUCUUAAAUUGGACCGGAAUGGAGUGACAGAAUGAAGGAGAGAAUAGUGAAAUAUGGAGGGCUCCGUACAUAAGACAGAGCCUUUGUAUGUUUUAUUUUCUCAACAGAAAGCCUUAUAUGCAAACCUUUUCACCUGUGCAUUUCUGCAAGUGCCAUCCUUGUACAGUGUAAAUCAGAGUUGACUUGUGUUUUCUUUGCUCUGGCUUCAGUAUUAAAUGAAUAUUUCACCUUGUUUUCCAAGUACCUAUGUCAGUAUUAGCAUAGAUAGAGACAGCAGUUCGUUAGUUUACUUAUGUUUGUGCAAUUUUCUGUAUUUUUUUCAUGACCUUUUGUCAGUAUUACUUUUUGUUUUUGUUGAUUUUUUUUCCAAGCAUAAAUUACAUGUAGUUUUUAUUUUAAGAUUACCGUUUUAUUUAUGUGACUCAUUUUAUAUUUCCUAAUUUUAUUUAUUUCAUACUGUAGUGUACAGUAUUAUAGUUCCUCAACAAAUAGAUAUAUUUUAGUAAAGGAUUCUGUCAUUGACUAUUGGAGCAAAUUAUAAAUAGAGAGCAUUCUAUGGUAUUUGGAAAAACAUUCAUUGUUAAAAUUUGAAAUUUUGUUCUUAUUGUUUUAUUUCCUUUCAACUACUGGAAAUUCUAAAUUUGGGGAACUUUUGAUACAAUAUUGUGAAAACACUGUAUUUUUUGACAAUAAAAAUCCACUUUAUUCAUCCAAGUAAAGAGAUGAAGAUAGAGGGACUGUUGAUGAUGAAAAAUUCCUGAAAUGUCUGAAGUAUUAUUGAAUUUUUAAUUUCUCUUGGAAAUGACCAUGCUCGAAUAAAUGUAGCCAAAUUAAAUUUGAAUAAAGCUGUGUUAUUCUUCUUGUA